CGACUCUUGCAGAACUGCUAAUAUCAACAGACAGACAAUGUCCGCCACACACAAACAGCGCUAUAAAAAUGCCGCACUCGACUCCACAGAGAUGCGACGCAGACGCGAGGAGGUUGGCAUUCAGCUGCGUAAAACGAAACGUGAACAGCAGCUCUCCAAGCGACGCAAUGUGGUGUUGGAUCCAACACCGACAUCCACGCCAGGCAUCGCCGGAGGCAUCGAGAACAGUGCCAGCAGUGGCGACAACCAACACCACGCGGGCGACAUGCAUAUGGCUGAUAGUAGUGGCCAAGGAAUGGGUGUCGGUGGAAUAGUGCAAUCGCAUGGAGUUGGCGGCAUCGGUGGACAGUCGGCGGAGGUGGCUGUCGCUCAAUCGAUAAUUAAUGCGGAGAUGAUACAAAUGUUAUAUAGCGACAAGGAGCGAGAUCAGCUGGAGGCAACACAGAAGUUUCGCAAACUGCUGUCCCGCGAUCCCAAUCCGCCCAUUGAAGAGGUCAUACAGAAAGACAUUGUGCCACAAUUCGUAAAGUUCUUGCGCAACAACACAAAUGCAACGCUACAAUUUGAGGCAGCCUGGACGCUGACAAACAUUGCGUCGGGCACAUCGCAUCAAACGAAAAUUGUCAUCGAGGCUGGUGCCGUGCCCAUUUUUAUUGAGCUGCUCUCCAGCCCCCAUGAUGAUGUGCAGGAGCAGGCUGUCUGGGCGCUAGGCAAUAUAGCUGGCGAUUCACCCACGUGUCGCGAUCAUUUGCUCAGCUCGUGCAUUUUGAUGCCGCUUUUGAACGUGCUGAGCACAUCGGAUCGUAUCACAAUGAUUCGGAAUGCUGUGUGGACGCUGUCCAAUUUGUGCCGUGGCAAAAAUCCGCCUGCCGAUUUUUCAAAAAUCGUACACGGUCUCCCAAUACUAGCGCGACUUCUGGACUACACUGAUGUGGAUGUGCUCAGCGACACAUGUUGGGCCAUUAGCUAUCUAUCGGAUGGACCCAACGACAAAAUUCAGGCCGUUAUUGAUGCGGGCGUCUGCCGUCGUCUUGUUGAACUCCUUUUGCAUCCGCAGCAGAAUGUUAGCACUGCGGCCCUUCGCGCUGUGGGCAAUAUUGUCACCGGCGAUGAUCAGCAGACCCAAGUGAUAUUGAGCUAUAAUGCCCUGCCGUGCAUCAGCCUUUUGCUGUGCUCCACGGCCGAAACGAUUAAGAAGGAAUCUUGCUGGACCAUAUCAAAUAUUGCGGCCGGCAAUCGUGACCAAAUCCAGGCAAUUAUCAAUGCCAAUAUAUUUCCGCAGUUGAUGAGCAUAAUGCAAACGGCUGAUUUUAAAACACGCAAAGAAGCCGCUUGGGCCAUAACAAAUGCCACCAGUAGUGGUUCCUCGGAGCAGAUACACUAUUUAGUCCAGGUGGGCUGUGUGCCGCCCAUGUGCGAUUUUCUCACUGUCGUCGAUUCGGAUAUUGUUCAGGUUGCGUUGAAUGCUCUCGAGAAUAUACUGAAAGCAGGCGAAAAGUUUCAAGUACGGCCCAAUCCCUAUGCAAUGACCAUUGAAGAGUGUGGUGGUUUAGAUAAAAUUGAAUAUCUGCAGUCGCAUGAGAAUCGCGACAUUUAUCACAAGUCAUUCUACAUUAUCGAACAGUACUUUGGCAACGAGGAGGAGGACACGCGUGUGGCGCCCGUUGCUGGGACUCAGCAGUACGAGUUUAAUCCGCAGAAUAUGCCCGAUAGCGGAUUCAAUUUCUAGCAUGACUACAGAAAUAACACUACAAAACAAGCGGUAAAGCAACACAACCAGCGGAGCAAAACCGGAAUGUGUGUAUCCUAUGCACGGCUAGAAAGACAGGCACUGACAACGCCGCAGUGUGCAGUCAUUAGCAUUUAAGUCGAGUCGAGCCAGGGAAGUGUUUCACGUUUUCUUUGUUUGUUUUUUUUUACUCUUUUGUUACAUACUCCUUAUCAUUAUCAUUAUUAAUUGCGAAAGCGUACCGAAAAUUAAAUGUGUGCAUAAGGUCCAGGACCACAACUUGAA